CACUUGCUAGCGGGAGCGACAAGAGAUUGGAAUGUAACGGGCACGACUGGAACGCAAAUAAUUUACCUUCUUGUUAGCUUUUGUUUCCACCCCCUGUUCGUGCGCGCCACCCCUCGCGAUCGAAAGUGCAAUCGCGAAGAAGUGCAACCGCAAGACGUGCGUGGGCGACACAGCAACGAAAAAAAAAGUGAUCGAGCAACUUUCGUGCAACUCCAGUGCGGGGACCAGUGGACAGAUUUUUGUGAUUGUGCAGCCAACAAAGCCCCGGGAUUUGAGAAGGGGGACCUCAUCUAGCCUUUGCCCAGGAAAGCAAGUUCCCUGGCGGUGGGAAGGAAAGGAAAAGUGCACGAAAGCUCGGGCCUGAAAGGGUCGCGUUUUGGGCAGGUAGAGUCCUUUGGACAUCACAGCGAAACAGGCAGACACGGGCCUGGGCAAGUGAAGAAAAUUAAAAAUCACAAGUAAAACAUAUACAUCCACACCCAAACAUAAAUACACAAACAGGCACACACACACACAAACACAUCCAAACACACGUACAGAAAGUGCUGGGAAGCGAAGAGAAGAAGUGGAGUGAAGAAAAAGGAAAAGGGCAGGAAACCCGUACUGCGAGCGAUCCUGUCCGGUGUGAAGUUGCAGCGGAGCGUUCGAUGUGAAAGUCGAGUGACUGGUAGCAAAUAUUCCAGGCGGAUUUUUAGUGAAAUAAUGCUUUGUGCCGGUGAUUGGCCAGUGAGCAGAAAACAUUCAAACGCCCAUCUUCAGUGCAGUCCAGGGCUCGUCACGACACAGUGCCAGAGCGGCGUGCAGGGCCACCAGGGCCAUACCGGACCGUGUUACAGCCGGCAGUAGUUCACUCGCUACGCGAACGAAGCGAAGCGACCUUCCAAACGCAGCACCCCUUCGAACGCACACCAAACAACAACAACAGCAACAAAGAAACGUCCGGCCAGCUUUUCCGGUCCGGUUUCCUUCCAGUUUCGCAUCCAACGGCGCCAGCGAAGGUUUCCCGGGUCCGUUCCGGCGGCUCGGUGUACAUGACGCGGGAACGGCUGCGUGCGCAUGCGGCUGCGUGUCCUUGCGGCCGCAGCGAAACGCGCGGCCUCGGACGGGUACGGGCCGGUGCGAGGACACACGGCGUACCGAUCACACAGCAAGUAACGACCAGACGCCACACCAGAAGAAGACUACUUCCCACGACCAUGCACGCAUGGUUCUACGUGUUCGCGGUGUUGGCGAUUUCGCACGGUGCCAUGAAAGUCGCCAGCACCGACAGCAGCGGAGUGUCGCGCACGAAAGUGACCGCGGUGAUCGGGCUCGGUGCGGAGCAAUCGCACCACAUCACCAGCCACUACAAUCAGCCACCGCGCCAGGGCGAUGCCGAUUCCACCGGGGGAGCGCCGGAACCGCGGAUAGGUGGGACGGCGGCGCAGGCUGGCAGCAGUAGUGUAAGCAGCAGUGAUACCAACGAGUACGAGGAGUACGUCGCCGGGAUGGCGGUGGUCGGCGAGACGGUGGAGGAAGAGCUAGCGGAGCCGGAGCUGGAUAACGAGAUCGGUGACAGUGAGCCGGACGUUGUGGACGACGGUGACAGCUCCGGCAGGCCCGAUCCUAAAACACUAGUCGAGAUAGAGAAGAAUCUCUUGAGCCUGUUCGGGUUUCCUAAUCGACCAAAAAUCGAUAGAUCUAAGGUGGUGAUACCGGAGGCGAUGAAGCAGCUGUACGCGCAGAUCAUGGGCCACGAUCUGGUCGACUCCGUCAGUGUACCAAAGGAAGGACUCAACACGCGCAACGCCAACACGGUGCGAAGUUUCACGCACGAAGAAAGUCACAUAGACGAGCGGUUCCAGCACCAUCAUCGCUUUCGGCUACUGUUCAACGUAACGAGUAUCCCGAGAGGCGAGAAGCUGCGGGCCGCGGAGCUCACGCUUACGCGCGACGGUAUCGCACACAAGAGCGGUCGGCCACUUGCAAGACCACCGCUCCACUACACGGUACUCGUGUACGACAUUGUCCGGCCGGGCGUGAAAGGUAAGCGGGCGCCCACCUUCCUGCUGGUCGACACGAAAACGCUCGCCGUUAACGAGUCCGGCACGGCCAGCUUCGAUGUGAUGCCGGCCGUGGAACGGUGGCUCAGGCAACCGCGCAAAAACCACGGCCUCUUCGUGCAGGUGACUAGCCGCGGGCGUGGUGCCGCCCCCCACAGUCGGCAGCGCCGCAGCGUCCCGGCCGCCCCGGUCCACGAGCACGUCCGGUUGCGGCGGAAUGUGGCCGAGCGGCACGAUACCUGGGUGCAGAAGCAGCCGCUACUGUUCACGUACACCGACGACGGUCGGCACAAGCAGCGACCGAUACGGGACGCGAUCAGUAGCGCGAACCGGGCACGGCGCGCGUCCGCCAAACGCAGCAGUCGGCGGAAAAACGAACUCUGCCAGCGGAAGCCACUGUACGUCGACUUUAGCGAUGUGGGCUGGAACGAUUGGAUUGUGGCACCGCCCGGGUAUGAGGCGUACUUCUGCCAGGGUGACUGCCGCUUCCCGAUAGCGGACCACCUGAACACGACGAAUCACGCGAUCGUGCAGACGCUGGUCAACUCCUACAAUCCGACGCUCGCACCGAAGGCGUGCUGCGUACCGACGCAGCUGUCCUCCAUCUCGAUGCUGUAUCUGAACGAGCAGAACAAGGUGGUGUUGAAAAACUACCAGGACAUGACGGUCGUCGGUUGUGGCUGCCGGUGAAGCACUAUCAGUGAAGUGGUGAGGAACAGGGUAGGUUUUCUGUGAGAAAACAGACCAGGACGGAAUUAUUGGGGCAGCAUGAAGAUGAGGAUGUAUAGCUCACGGAUGACCAUAGGAAUCGGCAGGGCCGCUACUGUUUGUUUAAUUAUUACUUUAAAUCUUAUUUUUUGUUUUGUGUAUAACGUUCGAACGUACUAAGAAGAAAAAAAUAGGGGAGGAAUGUUAGCAUACAGAUGCGUAUGGAGUAGGAAUUGUAGCCGAAAAGCAUAAAAACCAGAUGUACCAUAUAGUAGUAUGCCAUUCGUCCGCGAUGCUGCAAGCUCGCGGACUGGCGCGGGGAUUUGUGUGUGAGUGUGUGCGCGCGCGGUAGACAUCAAGUCGUAGAUCAAGCCAUAAACAAGAGCAUAUUAAACAGAGGGAGGGGAGGAAAACAACAUAAAACUAAUCAAAAAUGAAAGUAAAAUAUCGAAACAAUCAAAAUAAACCCUAUAUCAGCUGUUUGCGAGGAGGCGCGGUAUUGUCCGUCCAUGCGGUACGGUAGGCAGUAAUUGUUCAGGAGCCUGCGUGGGAAUAGGCUGGGAAACUAGUGCUGUGGCAUAGGUGUUAGUGGCAGGAGACUUCAGCAACGGGGGCUCUUUCUUUGUACAUAUUUAUUCGAUAGGAAGUCAGAUAGGCAGCCAAACCGGACGGGGAUGGGAGCGAUACAGAGUUGCCGUUGUUGGGCCGUUUUCACCAGGGGGAAGCCAGAGGUCUUCCAGAGUGCGCGCGCGCGUGUGUGUAUGUAUAAAGUAACAGGAACUAUAUAGUGAGAUAAAUAGUGCAUUAAACUUACUUGCGUAGCGAUGCGGUUUUGGACGUUUGGAACAGCUGCAAAAAUAGAAAACCUUGGACCAUCGAGUAAUCCUUACCCAAGAGAAAAAACAAAAUCGAUAAUCGUGCGUUUGAAGUCCCAACAUGUCUCAUCUCGAGUGAGCUUGUUCACAUCAGGUCGAUUGUCUAAAGUGCACAGGCAAACACACACCACACACAGCGUAACGCUAUUUAUUGGCAAAUGGCGGUAAAUAGGGGAUGCAUUCGUGUGCGAGUAUUUUUUGGUCGUUGUUGUUGCUGGUCUUUGGAUUUGCUUUUGUGUACUUUGUUUGGGCAGCUUUUAUAAAGUUCCGCAAGAGAAGAAAUGAAACAAAAAACCACCACCCCGAAACUUUUUCCGAUGCGUCCUGGGCUGGGAUGAACACUAUUACCGUUUAGGGCACCGGCUACAAUGUGUUUGAAUAUGAUUUUUUGUGUGUGUAAAUUUUUGUAUAUUAUAACUGUACCUGUAACCGGAAGGAAACGUAUUUAUUUUACGAAAACGGAAGCGUGUAAUUGAGGAAUAAAUUUGUAAGAAAUUCAAACCGUA